CCACAAAUUAAAUCAAUUGAUCAUAUGUUUCAUUAAUGUUUUUAUAACCUGUAUGGUCAAUUCAAAUUUAUGUUUCGCUAAUGUUCAAAUUUAGAUAUUUGCCUAGUAAUUUUAUUGGAAUUAGAUCUAUUGGAGCCGUAAGUACCUAUCAUGGGUUUGAUAAAACCAGCAUAUUAAAUCCUCGAUCUUUUACUGAAAAUAUUUACAAAUUAGAACAUCAAAAUAAAAUGAUCAUUCAACCGAAAUGGGACUUCAAUUGGGAUAAAAGGGGGCUUGUUAAACAGAUGGGACUGAAAUCGAAUGAAGAUGAAGAAAAUGAAAUUGAUAUCUUACCCAAAUCUUCAAGGCACAUAAUUUUAAUCAGGCAUGGCCAUUACAAUAAAGGUGGCGAGAGUGACAAGGAAAUGGUUUUGACUAAGUUAGGGAUAGAUCAGGCAAUGAUGACGGGGAAGAGGUUGAAAGAAUUGGAAAUUCCUUACAAUGAAAUAGUUCAUUCGACUAUGACAAGAGCUGUUGAAACAGCCAAAAUAAUUUCUUCACAUAUUCCGGAUGUUCCAGUAAAGGAUUGCAUGCUACUCGAAGAGGGUUCACCGAUACCACCCGAACCACCUAUGACCAACUGGAAAUCACCUUACAAGUUUCAUCAAGACGGUGCGAGAAUCGAGGCUGCAUUUCGAAAAUAUUUUCAUAGAGCCGAGCCUCACCAACAGAAUGAUACUUACACCAUUGUCGUCUGCCAUGCGAAUGUUAUAAGGUACUUCGUAUGCAGAGCAUUGCAGUACCCUGCGGAAGGUUGGUUAAGGUUGACUCUGAGGCACGCCAGUAUGACAUGGCUAACCAUUGAAGGGUCUGGUAAAGUCGUGCUGAUUACCUAUGGUGAUACAGGUUAUAUGCCACCAUAUGCUCUAACUACUGUCUGAUGGUGCCAAUUGUACAAAUCAUCUUAUCUUGUUGGUGAAAUUUCAUGGUAUAUCAAUAUCCUAUUCGUCCUAGGAGCAUUGAAAAAAAGUAAUCAAGGGGAUAGGCACGGCAAUUGAAUUUUAUGAGCUGUAUAAAAAAAUUAAAUAGAUAAAAUAAAAAUAUGUAUUACUGUAACCCUUAAAGCGUAUCAAUUGCAGAUUAUGAUAAGAGAAUAAUGGCGCAAUACAAUAGAUUAUUUUAAUAUGCUGUGUUAUCAUCACUGCCAUUUGCAACUUCCCUUUUUCAAUACAUGAUAAGUAAGGCCAU